AUCAGAAACACUCCUGAGGGAUUCGGCUUUUCUGGGCUGGAAGAUCUUCUGAGCCAUGGAGAACAUCUUCAUUCUUUUCAGCGUAACCCUGCUCGCUGGAGGUAUUCGUGGUCAGACGCAGAGCCCCGAUUUGCAGGAGCUGGCUGGCCGGAGCGCACACUUCGCCACAGCAUUGUACCGCAGGCUUGCUAGCACAAGCGAUGAUAACUUUGCAUUCUCCCCAUUAGCAGCGUCCUUGAGUUUGGCAUCUCUGGUAGCAGGAGCUGGAGAGAACACAAGCAAAGAGCUGCUGCAAACCUUAAACCUGGCUCCUAUGGAGAAAUACGGAGAACCAGACCGGAUCCCCACGUUGCUGCAGCAGAUAAGAGAAGCUGUAGUUCAGACUGCAGCAACGGGUCUGUUCAUCAGCCAGCAGGUCCAGGUCGAGUCCAGCUUCAGCAGCCAGGUGAAGAAGUUCUACAGCACAGAUGUGAAGAGUGUGCCGUUCUCCAACACACGGGCCACUAAAACCAGCAUCAGUGACUACAUUACAGGCAGCACUGGGAACAAGAUCAGGGAGGUGCUGGAUACCGUGGAUCCUCAAAGCCAGCUCAUACUCAUCAGUGCUGCAUAUUUUACAGGUCAGUGGAAGCUCCCGUUCAAUGCCAGCUUCACUCAGGAGGAGCGGUUCUAUGUUGAUAAGUACCACAUCAUCCAGGUGCCUAUGAUGAGCCGCUCAGAUAAAUACUACCUGGCAUAUGACCCGUCUCUGAAGGUGGGCAUUCUGAAGCUGCCAUGUACCGAUGGUACCGCCAUGUUGGUUCUCCUGCCGGAUGAAGACGUAGAUUACACGUCUGUGGAUGAAGCCCUGACUGCUGAAGUGUUCCACAAAUGGGUAGCAAAGCUGAAGAAAACGAAGUUGGAGGUCCUGCUGCCCAGGUUCUCCGUGGAAUACACCUUCUCUCUGAAGAAACUUCUUCCCAGUCUGGGCUUUACUGGAUUUCAGGAUAGUAGCACAGAUUUGUCAGGAAUCAGCAAAACCUCUGAGCUGAAACUGUCUGAGGCAUUGCAGAAGGUCCUGGUGGAAGUGGAUGAGCAAGGAAGCUGGGCUACUCCGUACUCCAACAUGGAUACUCUUCCUCCGAGGCUCACCUUUAACAGGCCUUUCCUGUUUCUCAUCUAUCACGAGGCCACUAAAAGCCUGCUGCACAUGGGCCGUGUGAUCGACCCCACUAAGAAGUAGUCGUGUUUGCGUUCAUGUAUCACCUAAAAUGUAUUUAGCAACCCUUUCUUCUGUGCACUGAUUAGCAUUACUGGAAUCUGCAUAGACAAAAGCGUACGCCUGUACUGUAUGUAACGUAAUACGGUAAACAGUU